CUCAAUCACGUUUGACUGAACGAACAGCCCUUUUCAUUUCGUCAUUUGAGCCACGAGGAUAUUUUCCCGCAACAAUGGGCUUCGUUAAAGUUGUCAAGAACAAGCAGUACUUCAAGAGGUACCAAGUCAAGUUCAAGAGGCGCCGUGAAGGUAAAACCGAUUACCAAGCCCGCAAGCGUCUCAUCUUCCAAGAUAAGAACAAGUACAACACCCCCAAAUACCGUUUGAUUGUCCGUUUGAGCAACCGCGACAUCACCUGCCAAAUCGCCUAUGCUCGCAUCGAGGGAGACCGCAUCGUUUGCGCCGCUUAUUCCCACGAAUUGCCCCGCUACGGAGUCAAGGUCGGUCUCACCAACUACGCUGCUGCCUAUUGCACCGGUUUGUUGGUUGCUCGCCGCAUUUUGAACAAGCUCGGCUUGGAAUCCUUGUACAGCGGAUGCACUGACGUCACUGGCGAGGAAUAUUUGGUUGAGCCUGUCGACGAUGGUCCAGCUGCGUUCCGUUGCUUCUUGGAUGUCGGUUUGACGCGUACUUCUACGGGCGCUCGCGUUUUUGGUGCCAUGAAGGGAGCCGUCGAUGGUGGUCUCAACAUCCCCCAUUCCGUCAAACGUUUCCCCGGUUACAGCGCCGAGAACAAGAGCUUCAACGCCGAAGUUCAUCGUGCUCACAUCUUUGGGCAACACGUUGCCGACUACAUGCGCACCUUGGAGGGCGAAGAUGAGGAAGCCUUCAAACGCCAAUUCAGCAAAUACAUUUCCUUGGGCAUCAAAGCCGACGAUAUCGAAACCAUUUACAAGAAGGCCCACUCCGCCAUCCGUGCUGAUCCCGCCUACAAGAAGAAGGCUGCCAAGAAGGUCACCAAGAAACGCUGGAACAAACUCAAGCUCACCUUGGAACAACGCAAAGCCAAGAUCGCAGCCCACAAGGCUGAGUUCCUUGCUAAGCUCAAGGCUGGCUCCGACUAAAAUGAAUGUCGACACAAUUUUUUUCAUGUUAAAAUAUGCAGUUUUUUAACACAAAAGAAAAACUCAAAAUGAAAAUACUUGCGAAUAAAUCUUAUCGAAGUAUCUAACUGAAAAAAUAUCUAAACAAAA